CCCAACCUCAUCACAGAACCAUUCUACCUAUAAAGAACGAUGAUGGCAACCUACACUACAAAUCAGUUUCUUCAUCAUAUUCCAAACAUUUAUUUGCCACAAAAAGCAUCUCAGUGCAACCAAAAUGCCUGUCACUAUCGCCAUUCCCAACCGUAAAGUCAGUUCUUGGCAAGAUCCCAAAGCUGAAAACACCUCACAGCUCCUAAGAGGAGCUAGUUCCCAAGAGGCAAGUGGCUGCAAGCAAAUCAUCCAAAGCUCAUUCUCCUUCAACGGGUCUCUUGAAGAAAACCAUGUAUCAGCUUCGAGGAAUGGUCUCGUCUGGUCAUCGUUCCACGCAUACAGCACCCACCAUCAUCUGACGAUCCGCCCCGAAGAUGUCUGGUUUGCCAUAGUCACCCAAAUCAGCGCUUACAUCAAUACCAAUUCCGAGAAGAUGCGCGAUUACUUCGUCAGUCAUGAUGGCCAGAAGAAGCUUGAGGUUAUUGAUUGCGCGACUCUGCAUACUGCUGAUUUCGGAAAACUCUCUCAGCAAAUGGCCCUCGAGAUCGCAAAUAACAUCAAGGAUCCUGCAUUGAGAGAAUGGGUUCUUCCGUCGUUCUCGACAACUACUGAGAAUGAUCGCAUCGUUGGAUCCGUACUUCUAAUGGGUGCACUGCAGAAAUAUUUCUCUUAUGGAAUGACUAUGUUAUGUGGUAUCCCGUCAGUAACACUCCUCGGAGAAGUAACCGACUACGAAGAUAUUCUCAAAAGACUUGAUAAACUGGAAGAGAUGGGCGAGGAACCGAUUCAGUUCGCCAAUCUCCUGCGGCCAAUUCUUCGAAACAUGGUUCUCUCUUUCACCCAACCGUCCGACAGAGCUAUCCAUACAUUCUGGAACCAAAUUGCCGAUAUGGACCGGAUGUCGGGGUCCAACAAGAUGACAGGCUGGAUCACAGCGUUUUGCUAUUGGGACGACGAAGGAAAGGUUCAUCCUCCCAGUCGAGCAAAUUGUACCCUCGAGGGAUUGAUGUAUCCCUAUGUCGAGACGGAUAACAUUCCCUGUGGAUACGUCACUGUUCCGGUUGAAGUUGACGACAAUGGUACUUUGUAUGAUUGCAAGAUGCUUGCUGGAUCUGUUGGCAUACAAGCUGUUCCAGGCCCUGAAGGUUAUGUCCCUGCUUUCGAUCCUUAUGAAAAAAGAAGACGUGACGUGGAAGUGGAUGAGAAGAAAUUGGGGAUAAAGCCUGUUACUGGGUGGAUGAUCUACGAGUUUGUGGAGCGGAAGGGGCCAGGUCGAAGACGGCCUAGGUAAGAACAUAUUUUCCAUGAAUCCAUAC